GACUGACAAGGUGAGUCCAAGAUGCCGGACGGUCGCGGAUUUGGUGUCUUGUUGUAGAAAAGCGCGAAGUUGUAUGUUUACGGAGUUUGGAACUUACCAGAGAUGGUAAACAUUAGCAACGUAACAUUAGGGAAGGGUCCUCAUCUCAUUUAUGGAGUGAAGAGAGGAAAAGUACCGACGAAACUGAGGUCAACUGUUGUACCUACAAAAAGCAGUUCCAGAGGUGCUGCAUGUGUAGAUGAGAUGUUCAAGCUUUUAGGGUGCUGGAAGAGGAACGCUUAUGCUGAUGCGCAGUGCUCACACGAAGUUAAUGCGUUCCUAGCUUGUGCCGAGAAGCAUGUUCAACUAAAAGCAAGUAAAGCAAAGUCAGAUGACAGUUGGACAUCCACUGAAGUCAAUAAUGUAUUGAAACAGUUCUCUGAGUUAAAAGGAGCAAGAAGCCAUUAAAAGUUUCGACUCAAACUUGAUAAAAACAUAAUCUACAAUGGACUGUACAGCUUGAAAAGCAAAGUUUGUGCAGAUGCAAAACGACCUUUUCUCUGAUUAGCUUAAAAAUAAGAAUUCAAACAUUCAGCAGCCAAUCAGUGGAAGAGAAAGUAGGCAAAUUCUUGCCAAAGUGUGCAUGUUUUGAAAUUAAAACAUCAUGUUAUGGAUCUAUGUACGCUUGAAAAAAAUUCCUUUUUGUUAAAAACUGUAGAAGAAUCAUCUCCUUCUGUACAACAAGUUUAAAGUAUAGAAUGGUUUUUAUCUACCGGUGAAACAAAUUUUAGUUUUCAGUCAAUAGUAAAGAUGUAAAAUAAAUUCUACUUGGAAUACAUUAAGGACACAUUUUCUCAAACUGAGUUUUAUUUUAUGCUCAAGUUUGGUAUAAAAAUGAGUCUUUUUUGGAAAAAAAUUGUCAAUUGUUAUUACAAGGGUCAUGGGCUGCUCCUGUCAUACUGAAAGGGGCAGCGUCAUGGCACUGCACGUCUGGUAUCAGUGUUUAUUGAAGAUCUUUAAGCUGUCAAUGCCUUGUUAAAAUAAUAUACAAUAUUUUAUUGAAAACUAUGUUUAUUGACA